GCAGGCGUGGGUUCCUUCGAACCCACCCAGGCGCUGGGUUCGCACCAAACCCAGCAUGCCUGGGUUUGGUGGAACCCAGCAUGCCUGGGUUUGGUGGAACCCAGCACGCUUGGGUUCGAUUCCUUGCGAACCCAGGCGCUAGGUUCACAAGGAACCUAAGCAUGCUAGGUUCGCGUCUGGUGUUGGGUUCGCGUUUGGUGCUGGGUUCGCGUUUGGUGCUGGGUUCGCGUCUGGUGUUGGGUUCGCUGGGUUCGUGUCUGGUGCUGGGUUUGCUGGGUUCACAUUUGGUGCUGGGUUCGCUGGGUUCGCGUCUGGUGCUGGGCUCACGUCUGGGUUCGCACCGAACCCAGCAUGCCUGGGUUUGGUGGAACCCAGCACGCUUGGGUUCGGUUCCUUACGAACCCAGGCGCUGGGUUCGCAAGGAACCCAAGCGUGCUGGGUUCGCGUUUGGGUUCCUACAAACCCAGCACGCUUGGAUGAAGAAGGCAUUACUGCAGGUGUUAGGUGUUGGGUUCGAUGCUGGGUUUGAUUUGUCAAUUUCGAAUGCUAGGUUUUUGCAAGUGUUGGGUUCAUUUGCAAGUGUUGGGUUUGAAAUCGAACCCAGCAAGCGUUGGGUUUGAGUAGCUGCUGAGUUCCUGCAAGUGAGGCUUUGGGUUUCGUUUUGAACCCAGCAGCCGUUAGGUCAAAUAUCUAUUGAGUUUAAUCUGUUGAUUUGUUGUGUUAUCCUCGAAUUUAAUAUUAGGAAUUAGGGUUUGCAGAAGGUUAAAGGAAAGGGAGAGGAAGAAGAAAGGGAAAAAGGAAAAACAAACAAAGAAAAAAAAAAGAAUAAGAAAUUUUUUAAGAUUUU